AAUACUGCAACUAAUGUCAAAAUAAAUAUAUUUUUAUCCAUCAUGAAAGUUGCUAAAGUCGUCCCUUGAUAAACAGAUAACAGAAUAAUCAGCCCAUAGUUAAAUUGAAUUAACCAGCCACCCUCUUGCAGCCUUCUCGAAGCACGGAAAUUCGCAAAAAGAGAAACUCGCAGAAUGGAAAUGUGAUCGGAACCCCAACUCAGGCGAGUUGGAGAGUGAUGCAAAUGAAUACAAUUCCAGUCUUUUGGGGCACAGAAUGAAUAAAACGGGACUAAUCAGGAAUAGUCAACGAUAAACAAUGCUGGAGGCAUUGCAGAUGUUUCUGUUUCUGUUCAAAUCGAAGUAUCGACGAAAAAAUGAGAUCUACUUCUAUGUGAACACUAUCUUGUACAUUACUAUUUUGCUGCAUACUGUUGUUGGAAAGUGUGUCGAAGACAAUCAGUGUGGUGGCAAUGGGGUGUGCAAAAACGAAACAUGUGCGUGCUAUGAGGGUUGGCAAGGGCCCCAGUGCCAAUUCUGUGGUGGUAAAGUCAGAAUGGGUGCAAAUACUGGUACAAUCCACGAUGGAUUAGGCAAUUAUUCUCUCUCUUCGAAAUGCAGUUGGCUGAUCGAUGCCCCUUACAAAACCAUAACGUUGCAUUUCGAGGAGUUUGCAACUGAAUGUGGUUGGGAUCAUUUAUAUAUCUUUGAUGGGGACUCAGUCAACUCUCCCCUAUUGGCAGUGUUCAGCGGGUUAAUGUACAACGAUGAUUACAAAGUCAGGAAGAUACCGGAAGUGACUGCAACGUCUGGAUCUGCAUUGGUGCAUUUCUUCAGCGAUGACGCCUACAACAUGUCGGGCUUUAAUAUUACGUAUCGGCUAAAUGCUUGCCCUUCAGUGAUAUCUACAGUUAAUUGCUCGGGCAAUGGGGCCUGCAUUGAUGGAAUCUGUACGUGUGAUGGAGGAUGGGAUGGAGCGGCCUGCCAUUUGAGAAAAUGCCCAGAUGAUUGUGGGGUUCAUGAAAAUAGGGGCGCUUGUGAACCUGAAAGAGGAUGUCAGUGCUUUGGAGAGUAUAAAGGAAAUGAUUGCAGUCAGCUUUCAAGUCGAGGCUAUUGGGAAACGGUAAGCAUUCCAAGUUUUCUGCCCCCUGGAUCGGCAUCGCAUUCCGCAGUGGUGUGGAAGGAUUCAAUGUAUGUCAUAGCGGGAGAGAGAUAUAACGGCUACUAUAGGCAUAGGAAUAUACCCCUGAUGUUUAUCUACGACUUCAAUGGAAAAGUCUGGGAAACGCCGCACAUAAACGAAGGCCCAGUGAUGCGAUAUGGGCACUCUACAGUCUUAUAUGGCGACAAGAUUUUCCUAUAUGGUGGCGUGUUAGGCAAUAGGGGCACCACUUCGGAACUUUGGGCCUUCGAUAUUAGCGCGAAAAUCUGGGAAAAUAUUACAGUGAAAGCGGACUCUUGCAAUGUUAGUUUCUUGAUGUGUGGCCCGCUCAAGUCGGCCGGCCACACUGCCACAAUAGUCAACAACAACACCAAUAAGAAAGCCGAUAAAAUGGUAAUAAUCUUCGGUCAUUCCCCUCACUUGGGUUACCUAAACACCGUUCAGGAGUACUAUUUUGGAACGAGGGAAUGGCAUAUUGUGAAUACUGAUGGGUACCCUGUUAAAGGGGGCUACGGGCAUAGCGCAGCCUGGGAUCCGCUGACCGCAAAAAUAUACGUUUUUGGCGGCGUCGUUUCUGAAAGCGAAUCAGCGCAGCAUUUGAACAAGAACUUGUACUCGUAUGAUCCGAAUGAUCGCAUUUGGACGCUAUUAGCUGAUUCUCCUUCAGCCAGGUUCCUACAUUCCGCUACAUUCUUAUCCGGAGGACUGAUGCUCGUUUUUGGCGGAAAUACCCACAAUGAUACAUCUCACAGCUUUGGAGCCAAAUGUUACAGUUCUGAAGUAAUAACCUACGAUGUGCUUUGCGAUUGUUGGAAUACCAUGGCCGUCAGCCAGGAUCUUAAUGCUGAUUUGGCCAGAUUCGGCCACUCGGCUGUCGAGUUCGAACAUUCACUGUACAUUUACGGGGGUUUUGAUGGGCAGAUGCUCAAUGAUAUGCUAAAGUUUACCCCUGGAAACUGCCAGUACUUUAACAGUUCCAGUAGUUGUUUAGCGGCGCGGCCAGGCAUUAAGUGUAUCUGGGACAUUAAGAAUUUAAAGUGUAUUUCAGUGAUGCGGGUGCCUAAAGAAGUGCUCAAGGAGGACAGUCCUCUAUCCAAGUGCCCGGAGAAGAAUAGAAGCAGCAUUCAGCAGUCGAUUGUGGGAAAUACUGAAAAAUGCCAUCGAAUGGACGAUUGUUUAAGUUGUGUGUACACGACGGCGGAAUGUGUCUGGUGCAACGGGGCUUGCAUGCACCACAAAAGAUGCCGCCCUAAUCUGGGGUCGAACACCACAGAAACCAGCAUGGUUAACUAUGGACGAAGCGAUUUGUGCCCGAUGGACACGAAGCCUAUUUGCAAACAGUUGCACACAUGUACUGCUUGCACUUAUCAGCCAUCCUGCAGAUGGCGCUUUGAGCAUGCCAAAUGCGUGGCUUUUCCCCAUUUAAAUGCCACCAUGGAAGCAAAUGAGCCUGCUCAAUGCCAAAAAGUUUGCUCUGAAUUUACGUCGUGUCUCAAUUGCACUCAAGAAGAAUGUAUCUGGUGUCAGAACGAGGGCAGAUGUGUUGAUAAGAACGCUUAUACGGCCACGUUUCCCUACGGUCAGUGUAGAGAAUGGACAACAAUUAGUUCGAAAUGUCGCACGCGAACUGGAGUUGAGGAAAAGCACUCUCAAUGCAGCUUCUACAAAACGUGCCCGAAAUGCCGAGACGAUCCUGCUUGCGGAUGGUGUGAUGAUGGAUCAAACACAGGGCUGGGCGUUUGUAUGCCUGGUGGCUAUGCGGGUCCAACUUUGCAUAUUCACUCGUUAUCUCAUGAUGUUUGCUCAGCGGAAAGAUGGCAUUUUACUACUUGCCCUCAAUGCCAGUGCAACGGUCACGCGCAUUGCAAAGCAAAUUCUAGUACAUGCGAUGCCUGCCAAAAUUUGACAAUGGGGCCCCAUUGUGACUCUUGUAAGGCUGGAUAUUGGGGCAGUCCAGUAAACGGGGGAAAGUGCCAGAAAUGCGAAUGCCGCGGACAUGCGGACGAUUGCCAUCGCGAAACUGGUAAAUGCCAUUGCCGCACUAAAGGCCUAAUUGGAGAUCAAUGCGAGAAGUGUGAUGCCGCCAAUCAUUACAGGCCCGAUUCGUGGAACAAUGGCUCAUGUUACUACGAUUUAACUAUCGACUAUCAGUUCACGUUUAACUUAUCGAAAAAGGAGGACAGACACUUUAGGCAAAUCAACUUUAGAAAUUCGCCUCAAAAGCCGGACAUCGAUGUGGAUUUUUCCGUUAUUUGCUCUGAAGUUGCCAAAAUGAACAUUACCAUACGGCGAUACAGUACGGCAGAAGAAAAUCCCGUUUUUUCGGUACUAAACUGCUCAACCUUUAGGCAUCGAUUUGCUAAGUCCGAUUACGCUUUUGGUUCCUCUAGUACUAACGUAACUUUUACCACAUUUUACGUGUAUGUUUACGACUUCCAGCCUCCGCUGCUGAUUCAGAUUUCGUUCUCACAAUAUCCCAAGCUUAAUCUACAGCAGUUCUUUAUCACCUUUUCGACGUGUUUCUUAUUGCUGCUUGUAGUCGCUGCUGUUUUGUGGAAAGUAAAGCAGAGGUACGACAUGUACCGUAGGCGACAAAGGUUGUUUGUUGAAAUGGAGCAAAUGGCAUCCAGGCCCUUUUCACAAGUGAUGGUUGAAUUGGAAAAACAAGCCCCCGUAGAGAUGUCAGACCUCUCAAAGAGAGAACGUAGGAAAAAAGACGCUCCUAGUCCCAUUGCUUUAGAGCCCUGUGAAGGCAGUAGAGCUGCUGUUUUGAGUUUACUGGUUCGGCUGCCAACUGGUUCUCAACCGUAUACGGUUAAAGGACAAUCGGCCGGACUGGCCAUAGCUAGUGCUUUAGUAACUCUAGGCAAUCCGAGACGUUUGAGCAUUGAUCAUAUGAAAAUCGAAACAAAAACGGGUAAAGGUCGAAAAGGACAAAGCCAGCAUCCAGAUAGUUGUAUUUAAUUAAAACUUAGUAAAUGGUACAAUAAAAAUCAUUCCAAGCCUCGUUUAAACUAUAGCGAUAUAAGCUUUUGCAAUCAGAAAUUUUAAUUGUUGCGUGGUAAAUAGUUUAAUUAUUAAUAGGUCUUUUUCUUUAUUUAUUAAAUUCCUGAAGUUUUACUUAACGCUUAGAUUGUUAGAUUGAUUCCAAAGUUCAGGAGCCGCCCCCGACUUUAUCGGUUUAUAUUGUUAGUUCUCUUGAAGAAAAAAUAUUUUUAUCUAAAACACAGAACGUUUAUGUAUAACUUUAUCGAAAUAAAUCGCAUGGCACCAA